AAAAGCAGGAAAUGCUACUCACUAGCCCCAAAGGCACGCGUGAGAGGCGUCUAAGGACGCAGAGCAGAGGAGGGUAGCAAAGAGGGGAGAGAGGUGUGAGGGGAGAGAUAGGGGGAGGAGUGCGCGGGGGGAAAGAGGGAGAGAAGUUGUUGAGGAAGAGGAGAGGAGAAGACGUGAAGGUGAGGAUCAGUAUAACAUUCGGAGAGCCAAGAAAAAGCACGUGCAGGAUCUUGGCAGCGAAACGGACAUGCCCAGGUGGAUGAUGUCACUUCAUGAUGUCCAGCUUGCAGUAGGGGUGGUUAUUGUCAAUAUAGAGAUGCUAGCCCUCACAAGCGCAAGAGGGAAACUAGGAUCUGCCGUUCUUCGUGCGAUCCUGGAAAACAAUCUUAUCGACUCUUCCGAGCUAGUUGUUUGUACUUCAUCGGACCCCAAACAUCCCCGCUUCGAUGCUCUACGCGAAAAGUCCAUAACCGUACGAUACAACAAUUUCGAUGACCCGGCCUCCCUCGAGCAAGCGUUUACAGGAUGCGACCGACUGUUCCUCGUAUCAUCUCCCCGCAUUUCUAUGGAUUUCAAUGAUGCGCCGCUGUGGAAGGGUCGCGAGGCACAUCAUCGUGCUGCCAUUGAUGCUGCCCGCAAAGUGGGCGUAAAGCACAUCUACUACACGUCACUUGGCUUUGCAAACCCGUCCAAGGCGGCCGUUAUGCGGGCGCAUAUACGCACUGAAGCAUACUUGCGUGAGCUCAAAGACUUGAACUGGACAAUAAUCAGAGAGGGGCUGUAUAACGAGAGCUGGCCUCUGUACUUUGGAUACUACUAUGGGUUGAAGGAAGAGACGAGGAAGGAGGUUAUCGUAGCAGGAGAUGGGCCAAUCUCUUGGACCGCGAUCGCGGAUAUGGCAUUUGGAACUGCCAAGGUACUCUCUUCUCCCCCAAGCGAAUGGGCCGGCAAGACAUUUUACCUGUCUCAAAACAAGACGUGGACGUUGCACGAUAUAGCACAAAUCGUGUCUCGAGUCCGUGGAGACGAGGUGCAGUUGGAAAUCGUCACUCAAGAUGAGUAUGAAAGAUACUACGCGGAAGAGAAGGGAAGGGAGCGGGCUGAGGUGGAAUGGUGGAGCACCACCUAUAAUGCCGUCCUUCAAGGAGAAUGCAAUAUUGUAGACACAACACUAGAGAACAUGUUGAGAGAGGCCGGGCGAAGACCCAAACCCUUGGAGGAGACGAUUAAGGAUAUGUUACAAUAACUUCGACCUCAGCGAAAGACUUAGUUCGCCCCUGACUAUUAAUCCAGGAAACCAACUGAUAAACGAAUAUAGUGCUAGAUUAGAAUAUGCUAACUCAAAAUGGGUUCAAGAGGCCCAUUGUUUCUCUAUGAGCUUCAUGACGAGGUGUGGUUUCGGUUUCCCGUUCACGCAUUUUCCCGCCGCUGGGGACAUGCGAACAGGAAGCAAGGAUGGCUUCACCUUCUGUCAAGCGAUUGACGAGAGCUCGCAGUAGAACAAUCGCCCUCUUGCGUAUAUACCAAGGGAAGGAGGCUUCUUAUAUACACGAAAUUAGCUAGAUUUUGAAAUAAGAACCUUUAGAGACUCC